CGUAAAGACCCGGAAGUGAGGGAGCCAACGGCUUGCCAGACUCGUGGAGGUUCUAGCACCAGCACUGCUCUCAGGGACGUGCUAUCCGUCUGUGAGACAGAAGCUCCUUAGCGUCAGGGUCGUCUCGUAGGAGAUAAAGUCGGAGGGAGUGAAGGAACCUUUCAAAGGUGCCACUGGCAGAGAAGUUGUUCUCCUCUUCUCCAAGAUGUACAGAACCAAAGUGGGCUUGAAGGACCGGCAGCAGCUCUACAAGCUGAUCAUCAGCCAGUUGCUCUACGACGGCUACAUCAGCAUCGCCAAUGGGCUCAUCAACGAGAUCAAGCCUCAGUCCGUGUGCGCGCCCUCAGAGCAGCUCCUGCACCUCAUCAAACUAGGAAUGGAAAAUGAUGACACAGCAGUUCAGUAUGCCAUUGGUCGUUCAGACACCGUCGCCCCAGGCACAGGGAUUGACCUGGAGUUCGAUGCAGAUGUGCAGACCAUGUCCCCGGAGGCUUCGGAGUAUGAAACCUGCUACGUCACAUCCCAUAAAGGACCAUGCCGAGUGGCCACCUACAGCAGAGAUGGGCAGCUAAUAGCUACUGGGUCUGCUGACGCCUCCAUCAAAAUCCUUGACACAGAAAGAAUGCUGGCCAAAAGCGCCAUGCCCAUAGAGGUUAUGAUGAACGAGACUGCACAGCAGAACAUGGAAAACCACCCCGUGAUCCGGACUCUGUACGACCACGUGGAUGAAGUCACGUGUCUCGCUUUCCACCCGACAGAACAGAUCCUUGCCUCUGGUUCCAGGGAUUAUACUUUGAAAUUGUUUGAUUAUUCCAAACCAUCUGCAAAAAGAGCCUUCAAGUACAUUCAGGAGGCAGAGAUGUUGCGCUCCAUCUCUUUCCACCCUUCCGGAGACUUCAUACUUGUCGGGACCCAGCACCCCACUCUUCGGCUCUACGACAUCAACACGUUUCAGUGUUUUGUCUCCUGCAACCCUCAAGACCAGCACACGGACGCCAUAUGCUCUGUCAAUUACAACCCUAGCGCCAACAUGUACGUGACCGGGAGCAAGGACGGCUGCAUCAAGUUGUGGGACGGCGUCUCCAACCGGUGCAUCACGACUUUCGAGAAGGCACACGACGGAGCUGAAGUCUGCUCUGCCAUUUUUUCCAAAAAUUCUAAAUACAUUCUUUCAAGUGGAAAAGACUCUGUAGCUAAACUUUGGGAAAUAUCAACAGGACGAACACUGGUCAGAUACACAGGUGCUGGCUUGAGCGGGCGGCAGGUGCACCGGACGCAGGCGGUCUUCAACCACACGGAGGACUACGUGCUGCUCCCGGACGAGAGGACCAUCAGCCUGUGCUGCUGGGACUCGCGCACGGCCGAGCGCCGCAACCUGCUGUCGCUGGGCCACAACAACAUCGUGCGCUGCAUCGUGCACUCGCCCACCAACCCCGGCUUCAUGACCUGCAGCGACGACUUCCGGGCCCGCUUCUGGUACCGGAGGUCCACCACGGACUAGGGCGCCCGACCGCCGCUCUUCCCUCUGGGUCCUGUCACCAGCCCCAGGAGCAAGUCAUUGUGCCAUCUGUGGCCGUCGGGCUGCCCCCCACGGCCUGCGUGGGUUUGUACAGAAGGACCUUUUCUCACCCUGAUGCGGGGUCGUGGAGGGCGUGGGGACCACAGAGCUGUGCAGUUCCGCAUCACGGUUGUCAUGGUGUGCUUGUCGCCAGCUGUGUAAACACAGGACUUGCAGUCUCUCCUCCUCUUGCUCAUUUGCAGCAGGACAGAGUGGGUGUUAACGUGCGCGCCAGCCCCGGGUGGAUGCCCGGGCCCUGCUCGUCGGUGCCUUCGUGCCUGUGCCACGCCCGAGAAUCGAGAGCUUUGGGCCCCGUUAGAACCGCGUCCGUCAGUUCUGCUGUGAAGCGACAUCCUGACAGCGACGCUCGACUCUGCACCUGUACCGCUCACACAUCUCCCGCUUCCGUGAAAUUCAUGGCCGCUUUCCUGGGAAUUUACGGGACACGUCUUUCAUCGCAUCUCCCACGUUAUCUGUCCAUUGUCUUCGGUAAUUGUUUCUGAUAAGAUUAUCGCCAUCUGGUGGGAAGCAGAUUUGAAAAAUCUGUCCCAUCUUAACAAAAUUGGGGGAGCCCACCACUGCCCUCAGGUGUCGCUGACCUUCAUGAACGAUUAAUAUUGACUGACUUCGUUCUUAUGUCUUUUUAAAUCUUAUUUUUCAGCGCGAACCUUAACUGCUCAUCGAGGACACACGCCGCAGCCUGUGUUCUCAGGAGGUUUUUGCAGUUAACCAGUUUACAUGAAUUUCCUUUUUCUUCACACUUUCUAGAAGGUGACAGUGCUGCUCUGGAUUCAGUUCUCCCUGGGUCAGGGCACCCUGCAGGCCCCUCACAGAAAACUGUGGUUUGCGUUUAUCCCCAAGUGCAAAGGAGGCCUGAGUCACGUGCGGUACCUAGAAACACAAUCUGGGAAUAUCAGAUUAAAAAAUGUUAAAUAGGUUAAAGUAAUUGCUUUAUGUUAUAGGAAUUUUAAAGUUUUCCGAAGUUGAUUGCAUAAAAAUUCUGUAGUCAUCCUUAAGGAUGAUUUUAAUUCUUUAGUCUGUGAAACAAUUUAAUUAGCAUGUUAAAUCACAGCGUUUUUUUGGUUCAGGUUGACAAAGAUCUAUGUCUUUUGCUGUAUAGUGUGUACAUUUUAUUUUGUGUCCUGAUUACCUAGUAUUUGAACUAGGCCUUCUGUGGGUGAUGCUUUUGUAAGAUUAAAAGAAACCACCCUGGCUAGUGUGGCUCAGUUGGUUGGAAUGUAGUCCUGUAAACUGAAGUGUCGUGGGUUCGAUUCCCAGUCAGGGCACAUGCCUAGGCUGCGGUCCAGUCCCCAGGCAGUGUGUGUGCAAGAGGCAGCCCAUCAGCGUUUCUCUCACAUGGCUGUUCCUCUCCCCGCUUCUCCAUCCCUUCCCCUCUCUCUGAAAUCAAUAAGCAUGUCCUCAGAUGAGGAUUAAAAAAUAAAAGAUUAAAAGAAAACAAUUGAGUGGGAACAAGGGUAACCAGGGCGCCCUGAACCAUGCCUCAGGAAAAAAUGACCAAACACGGCUUCCCGCUUCCUCUGACUUUCCUUUUGCUCCCAGCCUCUGAAGCCAGAGGAGACCUUCAGCACGUCCGUCUGUCCAUGUUGCUCUGCCCGGGCACAUGCACGGGGUGACCGCUCUGCACACCUUGAGUCCACUCGACCUUCCAACUGCUCGUGAAUUGAAAUACUCACGCCUACUCUUUCCAGCUUUGGAAUAGUCUCUCUCGGCGAUGGAUAUAGUUUCAGGACUUAUGUUUAUAAGAUCGAAAUACUUUAGUGUGUCUUCAAAAUGAACUUUUUUAACUUCUUUUAAAUUACAUUAAUAUUCAAAAGCUGGUAUAAAUGCCAGAAGUAUUACACGCACAUAAUUCGUUGUACUGCGUAAAACCCUGACACUCGAACGGUGAAUGAUACCCAGUCAGGAUAAGAGCUCAGAACGGCUGUGUUUUUUAAAGCUAUGUGAUUUCUAAAAUAAACUUUUCAUACGUAACGACAAUCGAAAGCUAGUUGGUG